AUUAUGUCAUUCAUACCAAUGUCUAGCCCAGCAGCUCCCGAACAUCUGUCUGGAACUUCGAAUGAAACAAUAGCUCCGUGAGGCAUAAUUAGUUUCCCUCUCAAGAGAAUAGCCCGGUACGGCGCUUAGUCAGCUGGCCUGAUCAAUGCGUCCUCCGAAAGUCCACGCGACCAUGGCCUAGUAGAUCUACCUUACCAACAUCACAUCUCCCGACUCUGGGAUCCCGGUCAAAAUGGCUUCCUCCACGACUCUCCCGCUCCUGGCGGGCAAGAUCACCCUCUCCGACGCAUUGGAGGACGAAAACGACAUCCUCGAACAGCUCUCGUACCCCGCAAAGCGCUCAGACUUCUGCGCCGACCUCGUCACCCAUUCCGACGACAUUAAAGACAUUGUGUCACACCACCUGGGCGUCUCCGGCGCCUCAUGCCAGGUCCCCGCGGUCGAAGAAUGGAUCCACGGCAGCUUCAACGUCUGCAUUCCGGUAUACGUCAAUGAGGAGAAGAAGGCCAUCAUCCGGUUCCCCUUGCCGUACAAGGUUGGAGAGUCGACCCACCAAGGCAAUGCCGAGGAGAAGAUCCGCUGUGAGGUUGCUACGUAUGCAUGGAUGCAAACCAACUGCCCCUCGAUCCCGAUUCCCACUCUCUGGGGGUUUGGAUUCCCCGGUGGUCCAAGUUUCACCCUCCUCAGCCAAGCACCCCUCUUCUCACGACUCGGCUGGUAUAUUCGAAGCUUCGUAUCUUGGAUGCUAGGGAACCCCGCUCGGUCCGGCUAUGCCCUCCACUCCCACGGCCAGAGGCUCACGUCUGGAUAUUUGCUGUUGGACUACGUGCAAGAUGGACACAUGCUCUCUGAGACUUGGGAUACCGGCCGCGACGACAAAACACGACGCGCCGCACUCUUUGGAGGCUUGGCUCGCAUCAUCCUCACCCUUGCAAAGGUCCCGCUCCCUCGAAUCGGUUCACUGACCAUGGACAACAAAGGCGUGGUUACCUUGACGAACCGACCCCUCAAACGACAACUCCACCAACUCGAAAACCUAGGCAUCUCAACCGACAUCCCCCGGGACAAGACCUACAUCUCCAACGACACAUACCUUCUGGAUCUACUAGCAUGCCAUGAUAAACGAGUUCGCGGCCACCCCAACUCAAUCAUCGACGAAGACGACGGCCAUUCACUGCUCUCUGCCUUGACCAUUAUGCGGGCUCUGGUACCACAAUUCACCGAUCAGGAACGCCGACAUGGUCCUUUCUCCCUCAUGCUCACAGACCUUCACCAAAGCAACAUCUUUGUAGACGAUGAUUGGAAUGUGAAAAGCCUUAUCGAUCUGGAAUGGACAUGUUCGCAACCAACUGAGAUGCUCCGCUUCCCACAUUGGUUGUCUGGUCGAACGAUGGUUGAAGUUACUGAUGAAGCUUUGGUUACUUACAAUGAACGAUACGAAGAGUUCUUGACCAUUCUGGAGUCUGAGCAGACAACUCCUGGGACUCAGUCCGAUACUGAGACUGAGACUGAGGUCGAGACCGAGAAGACCCAGAAGGAUGAGAAUGUGACCCCGUUCGCAGAAAUAAUGCGAGCUGGAUGGGAUUCUGGAAACGUUUGGUAUUUCAACGCUCUGGAGAGCUUCUCGGGAAUCUACAACCUCUUCAUCCAGCACGUUCAGCCGGAAUACGGCGACGAAGCCGUGGAGAGCUGGAAGGACUUCCAGCAAUCGACAUGGCCGUACUGGGCGCCGGGCAGCAGGCAGUUCAUCGCUGGAAAGAUGCAGCAGAAGCAGCAGUACUUGGACCAGGUUCGGAGGGCAUUUGAGCAUAAAGAGGAGGAGUUUGAGGAGACGGAGACUGAGACGGAGACUGAGGACGAGUCUGAAAGCGAUUUUGGCAACGAAGUCUAGAACAAGGCCUGUAAGGCUUGUUGUUGGUGCACAUUUUCGUCAAAGAAAAAGUCUUGUAAUUCAGACCACUAGCACAGUACUGAAAUUACAAUGGCUCACAUAAAAAACCACCUGGUCAAGAGACCAGAAAUCAGACCAUUCCAUCAUAUGAUGAGGCUCGCGCCUACAUGAAUAAAAAUCCCAACUCAUUGCUUUUUC